AUGACUGUCUGGGCUUUUUCGACGAGUUCCCCUUCAAACGAAACUGAAAAUAAAUCCAAAAUAUUCAAAGGAUCAGCGUUAGUGUCUGCUCUUCUGGAUAUCGGCGAUCAACGUUUUGCCACGCGUGCAGUUGCGUUGGAUUUUGCACGCCGUCUUUUUAGGCUGGGCCUUGUCAGGAGCAUUUUCGGUGCCUGUAACUUUGAAGAUUCAGUGCAGCUUUAUACCUGGCACAAUGGUGAGGAUAUCGAACGGGUCUCCAACACAAAUCGGAAUUGCCGUGGAUGCUCAGUAUGUUUCCAGUGUAGAUCCCGAGCUCGGUUUAAUAAAGGGAUGACCAAGAAUCAUCCAGCGUAUUCUCGGUCGACAACGUCUCAGAACACAGACAAUCAAUAUAGCAGAAACCUACAGACCCCUUCGGACAAUCGAAUGAAUGUUAACGCUCAGUUCGUCGAAGACGUUCGGAAUAAAUUACUAAGCAUCGGAGGGGUUUCAAGUUCGAAUUCACCCACUGAUAGCUGUGGAGACCCACACACCAAGCAUAUUCAGCAUACCAAAGAUAUACAACAUUCGACUAAGCUGAAAGCAACACACACAACUCAUUAUCCUUUAAGAGUGAAACUCAAAGACCGUUGCACGACAAAUUCUAUUAAAAUGGACAGCGGUGUUAAAACAGACAAAUAUUUAUCCGAGAAACAUUUAUUUCCAUUGGAUUAUAACACACCAAUGAAAAUCCCACAAGAAAUGCCAAAAAAUUUGGAGACGCAGGUAUUCCGUGCCUGUGUCGAUGAUUGUGAGUUAACGGCUUACAAAAAACAUAACAUUUGCAACAACCACAGCAUUCAUGCUAACACCACGAUCGCCAACGCAAAUACUACCACCACCGCUACUACCACCACAACCACCACCACCACCACUGCUUUCACAAACCAUCCCCACCAUCCCCACAAUCCUCACCACAGUAAAAACAACGAUCACAACAACAACAACAACAACAAAAAUAUUGGUAACAGCUGUUUCGAGGCUGUUAUGAACGGCAACCAAAGUCAGAGUGGGAUGAAAAAUUGGGGAUGUGCUGACCCCUGUUCUUCGUAUUCGGACAACGAGAAGCAGCUGAUGGAGGAGAUGAACCGGAUGAAGAGGGAACACCAGCGCGUGCUGCGGACUUAUGAGGAUCGAAUCAGUAAACUCAUGACGAAAAUGCAUGAGCUGCACAACAUUGCCGAGAUGCUGGAGAACUCGAGUAACAAAUCUGUUACCUACGGAGUACUUCCGGGGAAAGCUCUUCAGCAGCAGCAGCAGCAGCAACAACAACAACAACAACAGCUGCAGCUGCAGCAACAUCCGUCGAUGCACUUACAAAAUACUGCCAUGCGACAUGCACUGCAAGCGAACGAUGCAAUGGUUGAUGGUGAGGUUGCUCCCGGUUACGGCGUUUCCCAUACGACUACACCCACGCCUCCACCGCCUCUUCCUCCUCGCACGGACCAGCUGGUCAAGGGAGGCGACUCCAGUAAACCGAUGCACUCCGCCAAAGUGAAACUGGUGCAGCUUCCUUGGCAAAAAGUUGUUACAAAUCCAGACAACAAUAAUUCCAAAAGUGUUGUCUGGAAUACAUUGGCGGAAACAGAAGUUGACACUUGUGAACUCGAUAGACUUUUUGAAAAAUCUUCGCAAAAGUCCUCUUCUUCCAUUCAAAACUUGUACGAUGAUAUUUGCUACCGCUGUCGGUCCCGGAAAUCUCAUUUGAGCUCAACCUUGGAUCCGGUGAAGAAUCAAGAAAUGGUCCUACACAUGAAACAAAUCAAGUGUACCUAUGGGGACAUAGUCCAAGCUUUGUUGACCCUAUCAAUAGAGACCCUACGGUUCGCAAAUCCUAUCAGUUUAGCUGAGCUUUUUCACCUGAUGUCAACUGGAAGAGACCCUGAACAAAUCAACAGAAGAGACAGGCAAAUAUCCAAUUCACCAAUCAACUGCUCGGAUUACCUCAUGUCGGAACUUUCAAGUAUGGAAUUGUUACGGGAACGGUUAGACUUUCUUCGCUUCAAGCUAAGACUACUGGCAGAAAUGUUUGAAACAGACCAACGCCUGCGAGCCGUCCACGCAGCAUGUGAUGAAUUAUACAACAGUUUACCAUUGAAGAAUCUUCUGAGUGCCAUUGUAAGCGUUGGAAACUAUCUCAACCGAGGUUCUUGUCUCGGUCAAGCAAACGGCUUCCUGUUAGACAUUCUUCCAAAUCUCAAAGACAUUUUCGCAAAAUUUAACAAAAGAAAUUUAUUAGAACACAUAAUAAUGGUCUACUGCCAGACGUACGAAAACACACCUGAUUUCUAUUCAAUGAAAGCAUUUCCAUUUCCCAACCCAGCUAUGCUUCGGCAGGCAUCUCAGGUAUCUUUCGAUGAUAUGACAAAAAGUCUUUAUUCAUGGAAAAACGAACUCAUUAACAUGCGCAACAAGAUUCACUCUGGAUUACAAAGCAACAGCUCUAAGCAAGUGGAAAAUUUCCAGGCGGCUGUAGAACGUUUUCUUAUGGCUGCUCUGGAGACUUUGGACGAGCAGAAGAAGUUCCUGCAAGAUACCAAAAGCUAUACUUCGAAAACACAGAUUUAUUUCUCCUUUGAAAAUAAUAGCAAAGAAUCGACCCAGCUCUUCUUCUCGUUGUGGGUCCAGUUCUUGCAAGACUGCAAGCAUUACUGGAAAAUUGCUCACCAACGAUUGGCCGAGGAAAGAUUUCGUCAGGACAUGAAUCAAAAGAUUAAACUGAUCAGCGGCAACAGACUGACCAGAGCUGCGCAAUUCCACGGUGGUCCAGAUUUGCCGCCAAGAAUUCGCAAACCGAAAGAGAAGUUAGAAAACCCGCCGUCCAUCCCACCCAAGAACUGGGAAGACAGCGUCGAAGAAGCGUGCCCCUCCUCUGAUAACGCACCCAACAGAUUUCACAAUUUACCCCCGAAGCUAAGCAAAGCAGACAGGCGGGGCCACCCCCAUCAACACACACAUACUAAUCCUUCUGCAAUACACCUAAAAACUUUCAGAAGUAGGGAUGAUUUACACGAAAUCCCUACUCAGUCCCCACCAAAACCCUUAACAUCGCGUCCACCAAAUACGUCCGAUAUUCAUAAACCAAAACCAAUGAACCCUCUUCCUAAUAGUUUCGAGAGUAGCCCUUCAAGGGUUGGAGGUAACCAGCUUGUAGCAAAUGGUGUUGUGCAUAACUAUAUAAAUCAAAGCCCAUUUGGAUCAUCGCAUGCUCUCCAUAUGAAUGCUGCACCCACAGAAGUCAUCAAUGAUAACCUCAAAGAGGCUUAUUCUUCUCAAGUAAUGUCACCAAUGUCCACAGCAGAGGUUCCGUCAGCUAAUACUGAGCCUUUUCUUAAAAGGUCAACACAGCAUUUGUUUAAAUCGUGGUUGAAACGAGAGCAAACAAAACCAAACUCGACUGAGCACACCCAGGCAAACACAAAACUCAAUGCAGACAAAACAAAAAUGAUGGCAUUUAAAUCCGUACCACCUACCCAAUCAGGCCACACAGGUGAGGAAACUGUGCGAGCCCCUAAAAUUUACACGAAAUGUCGGGAUUCUAAAACAUUAUCGACUGGGCCAGUCCAGACUUCAGCUAAUCAGGAACAAGUUCAAACAAACCCAAAUUUUACAACUAUUUCAUCAAAAUCAAACCCCCAGCAAGCUUUACCAAACCAGAAACAUCCGCCUUCACAUCAAGAUCAUCUUUAUCAGUCGCACCCAGUUUCGAAUCACUCAACAAAAACUGUUCCCUCAAAAGAAAUUAAUCUACGAUAUGAAGGUAACUCACUGACGAACAACCAUACGUUUCCUGUAGAAUCUAAGAUUGAAAACUGUGUGAAGUCACCCCUCAACGGACCACUGGUCCAUCAUCAGUCUAGUUCAUUAACACAUAAAAGCUGUCCAGAUCCUGUUAGGAAGGCUAGAAACGAGGGGAAAAUUAAUCUGAACUACCAGAAUGAGAAUGAACUCGUUUCUUCUACAAAACAGUUUGCAGACACUCAUGAAACACUCAAUUCCAGUAGACCCAGUGACCGAACUUUGAUAUCAGUCGAUAAAGAUAUCAAUAGUUAUGAAAAUCCCCAUUUAGAUUUGUACGGUGUCGAUAACCAGGUGCCCGCGAAUUGGUUGAAAUGUGCUCCUGCCCCAAGUAAAUCUUUGCCCCCCUACACAACUGCUAGCAACCAGCAACUGCAUUCUCAACACCACCAUCAUCAUCAGCAGCAACAGCAACAACAGCAGCAGCAACAGCAGCAACAACAACAGCAGCAGCAGAAAAAGAGUCAAGACUCUCGGAUGAACGUCGGUAACGGUGGACAGUCAUUCGGUAUUGGAAGUUAUGCUCAAGAACUCCAAAGUAAGAGUCGAAAAUACUUCACAACAAACAACAAUCAUUUAUCGACGGUUAAUAACAUAAGUGGCAUCACUGUUUCGAAAAAUACUCAAAGUAAGAACUGGAUUAGCUCACUAACUCAUUCAAAAGUACCUCUGAUGAGUACCGUAUCGUCUAAUGGCCAGUAUCGAAGUUCAAGCGCUUACAAUUACUCUCAAAUGAUGACGCGAGAUGGUAGUAACCCAACGAGGGACAUUCAUCCGGAUGAAAGUAGCCGAACGAGAGAUAUCGAUCCAAAUGAAAAGGCGUCAAGGCAGCGAACACCUAACGAGAAAAUUCCUCUCACUGCUCCAUCAAUAAGUUCACUCAUCGAACGAUUUGAAAAAGCUAAGGACACAUGCGAAAUCGCAACAUCUUCCAGGUCAAACGAACCUGUUUCUGAUGCAAAGCAAGUAAUGUCUGUCCCACCAGUUGCUUCAUCUCGGAGAAACCUCUUCCCGUCAACAACUGCCAUUUCAAAACCGACAACAUCGACACCAAUACCAACAACAACGACAACAACAAUACCAAUAUCGCUUCCGUUAAAGUUGGCAGAUUAUUAUGACAAUGCUAGCAGUGAAGAGGAGGAGUAUGCUUUGCGACUUAACCACCACAACGACCCCAAUUUUAUUUCUGCUGUUGAACCAUCACAUAAUUAUCCUACCAUACACCAAUACGCUGACAGUUAUGACAGGUUUAAUAAACGGGCAAGCACGUUUCCGGAAUCGGCGACACACAACGUAAAGAUUAACAAAAUGGCGUCCCAAAACAAGUUGGACAUGAUAGCCAACAACAUCACUAAUAACGCUUAUCUACAGACAGAAUACCAACCGAAUGAAUUUGAAUCUUUCAAUAACGUAUACAAUCACCAAUUGAGAGAAACCUCACAAAACUCUUACUUCUCGGACAAAGUUAAUGGCUUGCAAAUAAAUGGUUAUCCUUCGACAUCAGAACCUAGCAAAAGAAUUGUUCAUGCCCACGAGAACAUGGCAUAUAUGGCUGUUUAACCCAACCAUUACGCAUUGAGAUUACUGUCAAAUGUGAGGCUUGUUUAUUCACAAGGUUUUGAAUUAAUCACACAUUAUCUUGUAAUGUCAAGAUUUCGAUGGUGUAAUUGUUCAUUUUUGGAAUGAUAUUGUAGGUUAAGUGUGAGAAGUCAGAUCUAGCCAGUUUGAAUAUAAAAAGAUAUGGCCAGUUUAAACACCAAAGGAUUAAAUUGUUAUGUCUGGUGAGGAUUUAAUUACAACAGAUUUGAACUCAAUAUAACAACAUUGAGCUGGUUAACACUGAGGGCUAGCAUGCCGGACGAAAUGCUUUGCAGUAUUUCGCCAGCUGUUACGUUCUGAGUUCAAAUUCCGCCGAGGUCGACUUUGCCUUUCAUCCUUUCGGGGGUCGAUUAAAUAAGUACCAGUUACGCACUGGGGUUGAUGUAAUCGAGUUAAUCUCUUUGUCUGUCCUUGUUUGUUCCCUCUAUGUUUAGCCCCUUGUGGGUAAUAAAGAAACAUAUAUAUUUGGAAAAGUCCCGACAGACAAGGUUCUGUCUUCAUGCAAAUUUAAAUGAUAAUCAUCAUCGCGUGGACAUCAUCAUUCAUUGUUGGGGUUUUGUGAUAAUCACAAGAUCUAAAAUAAGUGAGCAGGGAGGGCAGUCAGUGGUCAUCUCUGUAUUUCACUUUGAUGAGCUACUCUCAGUUCAUUUUGAGGAUAAUGUUUAAAAACAUUCCAAAUCACAUGUAGGUUUCCUUUCACUCAGAAUCGAUUUGACCUCUUUACUCAUGUUUGCAACUCCAACAGAAAUGUGACUGAAAUACACACAUGCACAAAAAUGUAUAUAAGUAU